AAGAACUUCUGGCUUUUCUCUUGGAUAGUCUUCAUGAAGAUCUCAACCGAGUCCAUGAAAAGCCAUAUGUGGAACUGAAGGACAGUGAUGGCCGACCAGACUGGGAAGUAGCUGCAGAGGCCUGAGAAAACCAUCUAGGAAGAAAUAAGUCAAUUGUUGUGGAUUUGUUCCAUGGGCAGCUAAGAUCUCAAGUCAAAUGCAAGACAUGUGGGCAUAUAAGUGUCCGAUUUGACCCUUUCAUUUUUUUGUCUUUGCCACUACCAAUGGACAGUUAUAUGCACUUAGAAAUAACAGUGAUUAAGUGAGAUGGUACUACCCCUGUACGGUAUGGACUAAGACUGAAUACGGAUGAAAAGUACACAGGUUUAAAAAACCAGCUGAGUGAUCUCUGUGGACUUACUUCAGAACAAAUCCUUCUAGCAGAAGUACAUGGUUCCAACAUAAAGAACUUUCCUCAGGACAACCAAAAAGUACAACUCUCAGUGAGCGGAUUUUUGUGUGCAUUUGAAAUUCCUGUCCCUGCACCUCCAAUUUCAGCUUCUAGUCCAACACAGACAGAUUUCUCCCCUUCACCAUCUACAAAUGGAAUGUUCACCCUAACUACCAAUGGGGACCUACCCCGACCAAUAUUUGUCCCCAGUGGAAUGCCAAACACUGUUGUGCCAUGUGGAAAUGAGAAGAACUUCACGAAUGGAAUGGUUAAUGGUCACAUGCCAUCUCUUCCUGACAGCCCCGUUACAGGUUACAUCAUUGCAGUCCACCGAAAAAUGGAGAAUCACCCCAGCCUCUUUGGAAUGCCAUUGAUUGUUCCAUGUACUGUGCAUACCCGGAAGAAAGACCUAUAUGAUGUGGUUUGGAUUCAAGUAUCCUGGUUAGCGAGCCCACUCCCACCUCAGGAAGCUACUAAUCAUGCCCAGAAUCGUGAUGACAGUAUGGGCUAUCAAUAUCCAUUCACUCUACGAGUUGUGCAGAAAGAUGGGAACUCCUAUGCUUGGUGCCCAUGGUCUAGUUUUUGCAGAGGCUGUAAAAUUCAUUGUGGGGAAGACAGAGCUUUCAGUGGAAAUGCCUAUAUUGCUGUGGAUUGGGACCCCACAGCCCUUCACCUUCGCUAUCAAACAUCCCAGGAAAGGGUUGUAGAUGAGCGUGAGAGUGUGGAGCAGAGUCGGCGAGUGCAAGCCGAGCCCAUCAACCUGGAUGGCUGUCUCCAUGCUUUCACCAGUGAGGAAGAGCUGGGGGAAAAUGGGAUGUGCUACUGUUCCAAGUGUAAGACCCACCGCUUAGCAACAAAGCAGCUGGAUCUCUGGAGGCUUCCACCCUUCCUGAUUAUUCACCUUAAGCGAUUUCAAUGUGUAAAUCGUCAGUGGAUAAAAUCACAGGAAAUUGUCACAUUUCCUCGGGAAAGUUUUGAUCUGAGUACUUUUCUGGUACCAAGAGACCUGGCUGUCUGCCAGCAUAAACCACUCACACCCCAGGGGGAUGAGCUCUCCAAGCCCAGGAUUCUGGCAAGAGAGGUGAAGAAAGUGGAUGCACAGUGUUCGGCUGGGCAAGGGGACGUGCUCCUGAGCAAAAGCCCAUCCUCACUCAGCGCCGACAUCACCAGCAGCCUGAAAGGCGAGGCCUACGGGCCUUAUGCAGGUUCUCCUUCAUCAAGAAAACGUGGAACCAGCUGUCCCUCCAGCAAAAACAGCAGCCAUAAUAGCAGCCCACGGACUUUGGGGAGGAGCAAAGGGAGGCUCCAGCUGCUGCCCCAGAGUGGCAGCAAAAAUAAACUGUCAAGUAGUAAGAAGAACUUGGAUGUCAGCAAAGAGAAUGGGGCUGGGCAGAUCUGUGAGCUGGCUGACGCCUUGAGCCGAGGGCAUAUGCGGGUCAGCCAGCCAGAGCUGGUCACUCCUCAGGACCACGAGGUAGCUUUGGCCAAUGGAUUCCUUUAUGAGCAUGAAGCAUGUGGUGAUGGCUGUGGUAAUGGCUACAGCAAUGGUCAGCUUGGAAACCACAGUGAAGAAGACGGCACUGAUGACCAAAGAGAAGACACUCAUAUUAAGCCUAUUUAUAAUCUCUACGCAAUUUCACGCCAUUCAGGAAUUCUGGAUGGGGGCCAUUAUGUCGCUUAUGCCAAAAACCCAAACUGCAAGUGGUACUAUUACAAUGACAGCAGCUGUAAGGAAACUUCACCCUGAUGAAAUUGACACCGACUCUGCCUACAUUCUUUUCUAUGAGCAGCAGGGGAUAGACUAUGCACAAUUUCUGCCAAAGAUUGAUGGCAAAAAGAUGGCAGACACAGCAGUAUGGAUGAAGAGUUUGAGGCUGAUUAUGAAAAGGAUUGUAUGUUACAGGAAAGCUACCACUCUGGCUGCUAGACAGCUUGGUGGUGAGGGAGAUGACUCCUUGUAGCUGAUAGUUGGCAAAAGUGUCACUGAAAGGCAAGCUAAAUGUAGUUAUUUUAUCCUGUUAGAAUAGAAAUUCUAAUUAAAAUAGUCAACUUUAAGAGUAGUAAUAAUUUUAUUUUGAAGUCUCAUACAAGCUCUCUGAUAGAGAACUUUCAGGCAGAUCCCACCAUUAGCCUGUAAACAAAAGGUGUGGCACCAGCCACCUGGGACCAAAUAAGAAUUCAAUUGUGCUUGUCCAGAUAGGAACAAAUAUGUAGUGAGUAUAGAGUUUAUCAAUAAUCAUAACAAAUAUUAAAGAUUUCCUUGGAGUCAAAGUAAAAAACAAAAAAUUGUAAUGUUGUCUAGGGAUGACAUGAUAUGCUACCUCCUUUUUCCUGAAGUUUUAUUCCAUUAUAUUGACAAGAUGUAGAAAGCAAGAUCAUGAAGGUGUGCAAAUGAUUCUUACGGCAUGGGCGAGGAUUUUUCCAUUUAUUUUUUAAACUGCUUCCAUACCCUUUGUCUUUCUUGCUUUUUGUUUUUGCCGUUGUGUUGAUGUUUGAGACGCAACUAGUCGUUGGUGGCAGGGGCAUAGAGUGGUCAGUCUGAAAGGGAGGCUCUCUUAAGAGCUAUGUGCCUUCCACCCAGAGGGAGACCCAGUAGAAAGAAAAACCAUCCUGGGAAAUCCAGCUACCAUGGCCCUCCCAGUGGAGGCAUCUUACAUUUAGGAUACUUCAAGUAUCCUCAGAAAUGUAUUCUGCACCCCCGGCCCUGCCCAUGCUGAUAGAGUGUAAAUAAAAUAGUGUUGAUGUACUGAAAUAUGAACUGUAUAAAAAGUAUUCGUAAUUGUAUAUGGGGUGUACCCGUUUAUCUGUAACUAUUA